ACCGAUGGAUCAGUUGUGAGACGAUUCGAUCAUGCAAGUCGACGCCGACCUCCGACCGAUUCUCGGUCCUCAACUCGUUCGUUUGGAUCCUAUGAGAGUUAAGCAAUUGCAGGAUCCAAUUGUCUAUGAAGCAAUCGAUAAUCUUGCUAAACUCUCAGCUCAUUGCCUUCAGCUUCGUACUCCUUUGACAACUUGUGAGAAGCUUAUCAACUCCGAUUCAACUUUAUAUCUCUCUUGGAAAUAUGAUGAAGAAGAGAAGGUUAGUCGACUCAUGGGAUUCGCGAAAGUAGGAAGAAAGAAGUUAUUCCUUUAUGACUCUCAAAUGCAGACUUAUGAGGGAGAGAUUCUGUGUCUUCUGGACUUUUAUGUUCACUUCUCAUGUCAACGCCAAGGAGUUGGACAACAAAUUCUAGAUUACAUGUUCUCUCAGGAACACACUGAACCUUAUCAAUUGGCUCUUGAUAAUCCAUCAGUCACUCUUCUUGGUUUUAUGUCACAAAAGUACGGACUUAUCAAGCCUGUAUGGCAGAAUACCAAUUUCGUUGUUUUCGAGGAGCUCUUCCUAGCUUUGUCGGCUGAAAAUGGAAUCGAAAAACCUCCACCAGAUGGUUGGCGUCGUCCAAUGACUCCACGUCGAUUGGGAACUGGAAUGACUGAUACCCGUUGGCUUCAACACGCUGUUAGUGGUCAUCAGAGCAAGGGAAAUGCAAUGGCUGCUCCGGUGGAUGCUGACAUGACACCACAAGGUGCUUUGAGCAAUAGAGCUCAUCAGGCCAAGGCAAGAAAAGCUCACAUUCUGUCGAGCAAGCCAUUGUGGUGAUUCGGAUGUGGACAUUGAAGUUAUUUUCAGCUUUUAAUUACUUUAUGCAAUUUUGUGCCAUCUGUUUAAUCUCGCUCUCAUGCUUUUUUUGGAAUUCGAAAUUUAUUAAACUUAGCGUUCUUUCCGAUAAAUAAAAAUGAACAUCCACCACACUUACAUGUUUUUAUAAAAUAUUAUUCAUCAACACCCUCAAAUAAAUUAAACUGUUGCGA